GUUGACCAAUUCUUCUCCCACAAGAAUUAUGAACAAUGGCUUUGCUAGGUGUUAAUUAUUUCCAAAAAUUGUUCAAAAAUGUAUAUCGUAGUCUAAGUUCGAUACCUCCAUUAACUAAUGAGAUAUAUCCUGAAUUAAAGCGUGGAGAUUAUAAAGUAGUCGAUGAGGAAGAUCUAGAGAGUUUCACCAACAUUCUAGAUGUUCAUCGUGUAAUAGAGGGUGCAGAGGAAAUUGCAACAAGAAAUAUGGACUGGCUUAAGUCUAUACGGGGUCAGGGUAAGGUGUUGCUGAAACCCAAAACAACACAAGAGAUUUCUAAAAUUCUGUCUUAUUGCAACAGUAAAAUGAUUGCAGUUGUUCCUCAAAGUGGUAAUACAGGAUUAGUUGGUGGAAGUACACCAAUCUUUGAUGAAGUAAUUCUUUCAUUAGAAUUAAUGAAUGAAAUUAUUAGUUUCGAUACUGUAUCUGGUAUAUUGACAUGCCAAGCUGGUUGCAUCUUAGAGAAAGUUGAUCAAUUCUUAUCAGAAAAAGGUUUUGUAAUGCCUUUGGAUCUAGGUGCUAAAGGAAGCUGUAUGAUUGGUGGAAAUAUUGCUACUAAUGCUGGUGGUCUCAGACUUCUACGCUACGGAUCACUUCAUGGAACAGUGUUAGGUCUUGAAACUGUCCUUCCUAAUGGUCAAAUAAUUAAUACACUGUCCACAAGUAGAAAGGAUAAUACUGGCUAUCAUCUAAAACAUAUGUUUAUUGGUUCCGAAGGUACUCUUGGGGUCAUUACAGCGGCGUCUAUAUGUGUCCCUUACUCAUCCAGAUCGGUCAACUUGGCCAUGCUGGGAUGCGAAAGUUAUGAAGACCUUCAAAUGAUAUUUAAAGCAGCGAAAUCAAUGCUGGGAGAAAUCUUAUCUGCGUUUGAAAUGAUGGAUAAAGAAAGUGUGAAAGUAACAGAAGUUCUUAAUAUGAGUAAUCCAAUACAAGAGAGCCCAUUCUAUGUUCUAAUUGAAACAUCUGGUUCUAAUGCAACACACGAUGAAGAAAAAUUGACAAUGUUUAUGGAAUGGUUGAUGAAUGAGAAACUUGUUCAAGAUGGUACAAUUGCUACUGAUGGCCAGAAGAUCGCAAGUAUCUGGGCAGUACGAGAGAAUAUAACAGUAGGACUUGUUCAGUUAGGUUAUGUAUAUAAAUAUGACAUAUCAAUACCUGUUCCAAGGUUGUAUGAUAUUGUUGAAGAUCUUCGAGAGAGGAUUGGUAAUGAAGUUCUAAUUGUAUCAGGAUAUGGUCACAUUGGAGAUGGUAAUCUUCAUCUUAAUAUUGUCACCAAAGACUAUGAUGUUAGAAUUCACCAUUUACUUGAACCUUAUAUAUUUGAAUGGGUACAGAAGUGUGGAGGAAGCAUCAGUGCUGAACAUGGUGUAGGAAUGAAAAAGACAAAAUAUCUUCACUAUUCUAAAACUCCCGAAGCCAUUAAUAUCAUGAAAGAUUUAAAGAAAAUGUUUGAUCCGUAUGGUAUACUAAAUCCCUACAAAGUCCUUCCAUCAAAAAGCUAACUGACUCGUAAAAGUAUUAAAUUACAACUGCUUUCAGAAUUAGAAUAUACAAAUUUGUAUUUUGUUGUUAAUGAUUGACAGUUGAACUAUCCAUAAAUCACAAAGCUGUACCAUCAGUGGCAUAGCCAGCCAGUUAAAUUCUACUGUGAAAAUACUUUGGUGUUAAAUUUCUGCAUAUAUUUGAGUCUAUAACCAACUUGCAGCCUGGCUAAGCCACUGGGUACUCUGUCUUAAAUCCUUGCAACUUAAACAAGUCAAGGUUAAUAUUUAAUAUAGUAACCACGUUUCUAACAACAACAAAAUGGUUUCACAUCAAGUUGUUAAAAAAUGAGAAUGAUGUUAAUCUGAAUCUGACAAGAUUUCAGUCACUGGGGGAGGUAAAAGCAAAGGCCUGCAAGGCGGACCUGAAAAGUAUAUAGAGUAAAAAUAGAGUCAAUAUAGAAAAACCAAGUAGUAUAGUUAUGUUUUUCUACUUACAUCAAAAUACGUACAUACCUUGUAAAGUGAAAGUUACUCCACCGCGUCUUCUGCGUCUGGAAACAAUCCGUCGAUCGCUGUCAAACGAGCUUUAUAAAAAUGUAUCAUGAAUGAUUAAUGUAUUAAAAAUUUCAAAGGUUUC